AUGCAUGGAGAGGAACAUGAGGGUUCACGCAAAUUGGGAUUCAGCGGUGCCUACAAUGUCCCGUUGAGAAGAACCCUUUCGAUGGCACGAUGCGCAUCUUGGAUUGUGACGAUGUCCCGAUACGAUAAUGCAUGGGCUAUCAAGGGAAUUGGGGAAGGGCACAACAGUAUCCUGAUGCACAAGGACUUUACCGAUGCCGAUAAACUUGAUCUUUCGCAGGCUGGAAAGAUUCUUCCUUAA